AUGUUCGCUAUUAUGGUCGGAAUCCAGGACACCCACAAUGAUAAUCCAGAUUGGGAUGAGGAAGCGUGUCCUGACCUGGUCAACAGUCUUGGUAAAGUAUUGCAGCGGAUCGGACAACUUGAUAGUAUGCAGAAAGCGGAAGAGGAUUUAAUCAAAUGGGAGACCUUGAGCACCAAGCAGAAGAUCAUAUCCCCUAAUACACGGGGCUAUUGCGUGAACACCAUCCAGGUAGCCAAUGUCCGCCAUAGGCUUGAAAACGCCGGCUUUGUGGAUCGGUUUGAAAUGCGAGAGGCCAACCAGGACGAACCUUCAGUGCUCCCAGAAAAUAGUACCAUGGUCGCCACUCGGCUCACUCCAACACCUCCCUUUGUCCCGUACCUACCAAUGAGUGGACCCAAGUCAUUAAACCCUGCAGAUAGCAUCCUACUGUACGUCGCCCCUAUUCCAUGGAUGGGCAAUGAACACAGCCACGGUCAUUGCCCAGGCGGCCGAACGGGGCAACGCUUGGACGUGGAUAUGACACCUGUUGAAAGCGCACUUUUCACUCCGCCAAGUAGAACUCCUCUCACCUCCCAUCUAAGCCCUGGAAUUGCUGCGCCCGCAAAGACUGUUUCCACACCUGGGAUCUAUGGGAAAGCUUCCUGCCAUUCGACACCUCCCACUAUGGGUGGUGGCUCUUCCCCUGGGGAGAGACGCGCAGAUUUUGGACGCGCUAUACGGAACCAACCAAGCGCAACGACAGGAGUAUUGAAACCCAAUCCAACAAUUAUCCACUUACUGCAAUCCUGUGUAGAUUGUGGAAAGGAAGUGCCCAAAGAGCGGAAAGGUAUCUUAUCCCCACAGACUGCUCGUGGACUACUUCGGCCCCUCUUGGGUGUGUGGGAUAAACAUAUGUCGCUCGGCCUGCACACACUUAUGCUACCCGUCGUCUGGCAAGGUCUGCAAGGAAUAGUGAACUACCUUCGAGUUCUCGACACGGACGAGAGAGAUCGGUUCCUUGAUCCGUUGCAAAGCAAGCCACCCAGGUCUUAUGUCUCCAACUGUAUCCUGGAUGCAUACUGUGAUAAUCCUCGAACAUCCAAGCCACCAAAAGCCUGUCGUGAUAAGAUAUCAGGGAAUUAUGUGAAACGCGGGAAGUGGUGGUGGAUGCUUGCAGGGACACUGGGAGUAGGCAUCCUGUUGAUCGGGGACGAUCGCCUUAUGAAAACCAUAAACAAUAUGACAUUCUCAGGCCAUGAGAUUGAUGUCCUCGUCACGUUGGCCCUGAAUACUAGACCAGGCACUGUACGCGUUUUCCACACAUUGGAGCCCAGGCAGCCCGCAGAGAGUCCUGAACUUCCUUAUGACAGAGUGAUGCCGCUUGGAAUAUGA